AUAAUGAUAAUAAAAAUAAACUAAAAUUCAAAUAAAUAUAACAAACAUAUUUUGAGGAAAAGAUGACUGCACAAAGAUUUAAUCAAUGUUUUGACCACACUUGGUCUUUUUCAUAGCAAGUUUAACACAAAAAUAAAUAUACAUACACCUGAUGGCAAUCUACAAUAGGGCUUUUUCACAGCAUUUAUUUUGACUUAUCAUAGUAGGAAAAGCACAGGUUUACAAACAACAUUAACGACAAGACAAAAAAGGCGUGACACUGAGACAGCAUGCACAAUACCAGGAUCCUGGUACCAGCUAAAAUUAAUAAGCUAUCAUUUAAUUUUAUUAUUGACACGUGUGCUUUUCCUACUGUGUCAAAAUGAAAAAUCAUUGACAUCAGUGACAACAGACUGAGUUUAUCAUAAUUAAUUAGUCAACAUUAGAAAGAAAGUUGAAAAUAUACAUCACUGUUAAAAUCCACAUGCAUUUUGACAACGAUGAGCCAUAACAUAUAAACUAAACCUCUUAGUUUAUGUCCCAACAACAUUCAGUGUCAUUCAGACAUUGCCUAAUUCUCAUCUUUGUACUCGUUACAAAAAUAUAAACUGGACGUCUCUGUCCUGUGGGGAUACUGCUUCCUUUUUUAUCUAUAAAGCUUUAAUUCAAAAUCUACCUCCCUUUCACCAGCCUUCUGAAAUGUCAAAAUUUAGUAUAAUCUACAUGUUCUUAGUGUCAUCUCCUUUAGGAUUAGGACUGCAACAAACAAUUAUUUUCAUUAUUGAUUAAUCUCUUGAAUGUGUUUUUAUUAAUAAAUUGUUUUCUCAAUUUACCAGAGUACAAGGUGAUGUCCAACCAAUAGUCCAAAAUCCAAAGAUAUAAAAUUUCAAUGAUAAUGAUAUGAACUACGGACAAACAGCAAAUCGUUAUAUUUGAGACAUGGAACCAGCAAUAUUUUCUAUUAACAAUUAACCAAUUAUUAAGAUUGUUGGCAAUUAAUUUUCUAUCAGUCGACUAAUUGAUUAAUGAUCUCAGAAUACCUACAAAUAACCUUCAGAAUACUGUUCACACAGCUCCUUGUGACUGCUUUUAACACUCUUUUCCUUAUUAGCAUUUAUUUAUUAUCAGCCUUUGCUUUUUUCAACUUUUGGUUGCAGUUUUGUGUUUCAGCUCUCUCCUGCUGCAAAAGAGCGCUUGUGAGGUUAAAGGUUUUAAUCGAUCAAUCAACCAAUCACUGUGGGGGAUUUAUAAGCUACAGAUGUCUGUUCUGCUCAACAGCCUCUGGACUGACACAGAAUGGCUGUAUUUGUCACUUGUCUUGUAAUUACAGUCUUCUCAUGCUGGGCUCUAUCUAACAGGAUCUGUUUGCACAUGAUCUCCUCCCACACGAUGACAUGAGAUACAUCUUGCUCCUGUCAGCAGUAUUGUCCAUGUUGUCCUGAAAAGAACUAUGUGUUACUUGCUGCUAUCCCCACAGUUGUUUUUUUUUUUGCUGGAGUUAUGGGAAAACCACUAAGAUCAACGUAAAUGCAGUUGGCUUACAUCUUUGAAGAAGCUCAUCCAAAAGAAACAAGGUAAAGUUAGCGGAGGUCAUAAUUCACGUUCAAAACCACUGAAUUCUCUCCAUUAUCUUGUUUAGCUUUCUACGGGAGCCUGAGAGUGUCCACUGUACAUUAUUUAUCAAACAAAAAAGUAGAUAUCAUAUAAGUGUUGGGUGUAGCUACUGUAAACUGAAUCAUAUAGGGUCGCUCUCUGCUCUGGCAUCAUGAACAGAGUUUGAAGACUAAAUUUAAAGGUAAUUACUAUGACAGUGAGGAGAGAAAACUGAAAUAACCCUAAGCUUUUCAAAGCUGUCAUUAUCAUUGGAAUUGUAAUGACAAGGUUUGGGUCUCUUCAAUGGACUUUUUGGGGUAGGACACCCACAAACAUGGCAUUCCUGAGGGUAACAUUGCAGCAUAUUAAUGAUAUAUUGCACAGUGCAGAUUACAAAGCUGGGGCCCCUUCUCAUGCUCUAUGGUUUCUGUUAACUUGAAACCAAAUACCAAAACUUGUAUUAAAACUACCUCUCAUUUAAAACAUUGUGUUUGUAAUGUGCUGCGUCAUGCUGUGGAGGAGCACUUUACACACAGUUUAUACCGUAGCAGUGCACAAUUGGAUGCUAUCCUAACAUGAUUUGGCAACAUACAGAUUUCCCAUUAGAUUUGUUUAGUUUAUUGUAUGUUAUUCUAGAGCGAAAAUUCUAAAUUUAUGUUGUGAAAUCUAAAUUCAUGUGACAUUUUACUUGAAGGGCAGUUCCUAUUUGCAUCACAUUGUUAUGGUAAUAUAAAAGUAGGUGUGUGUUUAAAACUAAAACAUGCUGUGAUGGCCCAAGGUGGAUUGCAGCUGUCCAAACACUGCACAUUACCCAAAUUAAUUGCUACAUUUACCGCAGGAUGUGUCUGAACAUUAACAGCAAGAUAAUAUCUAACAAUGAUUUCAAAAUGACAAAACAUGACCUCUUUAAUAUUUCUACUAGAACGUUUUUUUACCCAGGGUUUAUUAGUCACAUUAUCACACUGUUAACAUGCAACCAAGACAUCUAUGGCAUCUACAAGUCAGCGAGAGGUCCUGCACAUGUACGCUUUGAUAGGGGUGAACGACCAUUCUGGUGAGCCGCAGGAUUGAAAAAAGUAGCCACAGUAUUUAGAAAAAAGGAAGGAGGAAAGAAAGUCCAAUAUUUUUAGUCCAAAUUACAGUGUUGGAACAGUGCUUUGCACAGUUGAGUGUCCUGGGAGUGGAAUGGCAUGAUGGGUUAACACUGGUGCCAAGCCCCACCCUCCCCACAUUGUCCUUUCUGUGGACUUCCCACACUUUCUUGUGCCCAUCUGCAGGACCUCUGCCCUCCCAUUACCCUCCUGACUGGGCUGGCCGACAGCUCGGUUUCGGCCUCAGUCGCCUGCUGCAAGAGGUGAAACAGUCUCAUGUAAGCACAUGUUAAGUCAGGGUUGGGGCAGGGUCAGUUCCCCAGGGAUGCCUCAAUUGCUAGACUACCAGCGCCUCCUGUUUCAGAUCUCUGUCCUCUUUCUGUUGAUACAAAGUGGGUGGAAAAUAUCACAGCCCGGUACAAAUCUCAGUUCAUGUAAGGUCUCUGGGUUGCUGUGCCUCUGUGCUCCACUGCUGUGGGAUAUCCUUGAUGCCUCUGCAUCCUGCACUAAAGCCAGUAACUCUGAACAUUACAUGAGAAAGCAUUAGCUGAUACACUACAGCAUGGCUUAUGAUGCCGUGCCAACCACCCACCUAAAGCGGAGAAACAGCCACUCAUGCUAUUCAUGCAUUCUCUCGUGAAACGUGCCUUGAUGCCCAAAUAUUUUUCCCUUGGAAAGCCUGUGGUUGACACAGAGAUGAGUGGGAGUGAGAUGAUUGCUAACAUUCUUUUAACUUUUAUGCCAGCUGGAGUGCAUGUCACAUUUGCAUUUUUUAAGGUUGGUGAAAGGGCUGCAGUGGAUUUAAUGUGGUGAUUAUUGCAGGAUCAUGAUGAGGAGGUUGAAAGGAUUUUUUUUAAAUACAUGCAUGGUUCAUUCCAGCUACUGAACAUGAUUUAGUAGAAGCAUUAAUGCCUAAUGAAACAAACCAGAAUCCAUUCUACCUACAAUACAUAAUGAGUUACAUUUUCAGUCUGAAAUAGGAGUUGGAGUUUCUUUGUUUAAUUUAUUGUCUUCCCUACAAAGGCCCAAGCUAUUUUAAAUAAAGCUAAACUUACCAGUACUUAGCCAACAUGGUAAUGGUUAAUUCCAAGAAUGAGUGCAAAAAUUAGAACAUUUUAAUAUUUAAGUUGCUACCGUUGAAAAACUGCAGUAAUUAAUUUCAAAUCUCUACAGAUGUGCCUUUGUAACAGCCACAGAGAAACUUACAUCACAAUUUAAGCAGUAGCCAAAUUUGAGUUGUUGAAAGUUGCAGGGCGAAGGAAUUUCUGAGGCAAGUUACUAUGUAAGUCUUAAAUACACCCAUAAAAAGUAUUUUAAGACCAUUUCUUUUGGGUUUUUUCAGUGUGAACCAUUCAUUUUCACUUCUUUAUAAACCCCUUUCUCUUUUCCUAAGGGGAUUUUUUGGGCUCCAGAAUAACCAGUAAAGAUGAGGAGGGGAAAAAACAUAACCAAAAAUAAUCCUCCUUCUCCUGCCAAGAAAAAAGAAGGAGAAAAAAAGGGAAAUGCUGUUGGUAGGCAGGUAGUCAGUCUACAGCUCAGCUCACAGGAGGGGGGACUCCUGAUGGAGUUGGGAUGGACCGCCACAGGAUUGGUGGAUGGCUGCUCUCGGUGUGGCCCCAUGCCAAGCCCUUAUGUCUUUAUAUACUGUAAACAGAUGACCGGACAGUCCUGUGCAUCGCAUCCACUCUGCCUCUCUCCAUCUCCACUGCUCUCUCUUCGGGGCCCCUGUCAAUCUUUUACUCCAGCAUCCACCAGGGCUUCUUCUCCUCACCUCUCCUUUUUUCACUCCAGCUGUCUCUUCUCCGGCUGUGAAAACAAUGGCCACGCCGAGCCUGCUCCUCACUUUAUCCGUGUGGCUUCUGGCUGGGAGCCUCUUGGCGGAGGCGACUUACUACCGGCACCACCGCUACGUCCCACACUUCUACCGCUACCGGGAGCACUCCGCCAACACUGAAAACCUCCUCCCUGAGGUCUCCAACCCGGUGCCUGAAGUCUCGCAGCCCGGCGUCCCGACCUACCCCGAGAUCCCCGAGGUGUUCCACCCGGUACCUGAAGUCAUCCACCCCAUACCAGAGGCUUUCCACCCGGUGCCCGAAGUCGUGCAUCCUGCACCUGAGCCUUACCACCCACCUGAGGUUUACCAGCCGGCGCAUGAAGCCUCCUCCCCUGUCAACAUGAGUCGGGUUUUCUACGGCAUCAUGUUUGACGCUGGGAGCACAGGCAGCAGGAUCCACAUCUAUAAGUUCAUCCAGAAAGACCCUGUUGAGCUGCCAGUUCUGGACAAUGAAAUAUACCAUGCAGUGAAGCCUGGACUGUCUGCUUACAAGGACAACCCUGAGGAGGGUGGCAACACCAUCCGACAGUUGCUGAAGAUUGCCAAGAAGACAGUGCCAGAGGAGGAUUGGAAGAGGACCCCGGUGGUCCUGAAGGCCACGGCGGGUCUGCGUCUGCUGCCUGAAGACGAGGCCAACGCUCUUCUGAAGGAGGUUCGAGAAGUAUUUGAUGAGUCCCCUUUCUUUGUGCCAAACAACAGUGUUUCCAUCAUGAAUGGAGCAAAAGAAGGAGUCCUCGCCUGGGUCACAGUGAACUUCCUUACAGGUCACUUGUACUCCAACACAAGGAGGACAGUGGGCAUCCUGGAUUUGGGUGGAGGAUCUACACAGAUCACAUUCCUUCCCAAGUCAAAGAAAACGAUUCAGUCUGCACCUGCCAGUUACAUUGCCAAAUUCAACCUCUUCAACCAUACAUAUCAACUCUAUACACACAGCUACCUUGGAAAUGGACUGUAUGCAGCUCGACUGGCAACUCUUGGAGCACUAGGAGCUGAUGGUCUAGAUUGGAAAGUCUUCACUAGUUCCUGCCUCCCGAAAAAGUUCAGAGAAGAUGUGACUUUUGGAGGAAUCACCUACAAAGUUAGCGGGAUUCCAGACGGCUAUGCAGGCUAUAAGCUGUGCUACUAUGAAGUGAUGAAGGUAAUCAAAGGAAUAGUGCACCAGCCCUAUGAAGUGAAGGGCAGCAGCGUCUUUUACGCUUUCUCCUACUACUAUGACAGAGCUGUGGAGUCUGGGCUCAUUGAUGGCAGUCGAGGUGGUGCACUUGAAGUCAGGGAUUUUAAGAAGCGAGCCAAAGAAGUGUGCAACAAAAUGACCAAAUACCGCGCUAUCAGCCCCUACCUCUGCAUGGAUAUGACAUAUAUCACCUGUCUGCUAAAGGAGGGCUUUGGCUUCAAGGACAGCACUGUGCUGCAGCUAGCCAAGAAGGUGAACAACGUGGAGACAAGCUGGGCCCUGGGGGCAACCUUUGACUACUUCAGAAACCUCAACAUCCACUAAGGACAGCUCGCUGUCACUGCAGCCGGCACUGAGAGGGACAGUCUGUCACUGUGGGGCUUCCCUUCCUCCGUCCCCCCCUCGAUCAGCCCGUCCCCUCACAGACACACCCGGUCCCACCACGCUUCCUCAGCCACCACGCCCCUCCUCUUUUUCCUCAACCUCAGCACCCAGCGAACUCUUCGAGAACUGUUGAAAAAAGAAAUCACUAUAUUUUUAUAAGGCCAGCUAUUUCUACUGUAUGUUGAGCUCACAACUGGUGGGCUGACUUUAUUUUUUGUAAAACGUUUACAUUUUUGAUUCCUUAUGGGUCUGAUCUGAAAUGUCUUUCUCACCUACCUGUUAAGUGUGUAGAGGGUAGUUCAGAAGCCAUUCAACCAGUCAUGGUAUUUUGGUGCUUACUGUGGUCCUGGUGGGCACUGUACAGUACAGUGGAAUUUAGUUAGAGACUAGUUGCUGUGUGCAACCAUAGUAGUCUUUCUAAAUGAUUUUAAAUCAAUCUUAUUUUUAUUCUAGCAAGAAAUUAUUUUACAGGACCUUAAUUCAUUUGCCCCUAGCCUUAGACAUCAAGUUAGACAUCAUUGGAAACAGAGCAGUUGUCAACCAUACAGCUUCUUUUCUUCAACUUUGCACAUAACACUUUAAUUGCAGAUAUUGUAGCUAAGACAUUAUCAGUUCCUUUGAUGUUUUGACUAAAGAGUUGUACAUAUUCAUCAAGUAGAGUUGGAUUCACCAUGACUGACAGGGGCAAAGAGAGCGCUGUGGAGAGAUGCCUCUCACAGACUGUGUUGUACAGCUGUUACAUGUUUGAGGUUAAUGCCUGUAUUUUUAAAGUUCAGCCAUUAUUGUUUGUUUUGUCUAGAGUGGAAACUACCUUAUCAAGCAUGGCUAAAUUGCAGGGGCCCCAGGUCUGAACUGUAUUUUAGACUACCAAUAGAAAAACCUCUCAUCAAGAGUAGAGAGUUCAUCCAUCAACGUAAUUUACAGCCAUUAAACACAGCAAAAAUGUAAACAGAAAUUAGGUAAAGUUCGAAACCCACGACUCCUUCAUUUGUUGCUGUUUGCUCAAAAACAUUAGUAAUAUUGAAUUCUGUUUGUCAUUUUUCUUGUGAACUGUACAAAUAUUUAAAUAAUAAGUUUAUCUAGAGUAUUUGAAUUAUCCUCAUCCAAUAAUAACUCUUGAACUUUCUGUGUAACUGCUCUUUAAGCCGUGCCUUUGCUGUCUUUUCAGUAUUCAACAUGUUCAAUAACUACUGCUGUAUAUACAUAAUGUAAACUUUUAUUAGUAAAAUCUUUUGACAGGAACUGCUUUUACAUUGCAAAAACUUUAUGCUGCACAAUUUCUCAGAAAUGCCUCUAUGUUCAUCAGUAUGAAUAACCUGAUGACUGACAAUAUGUAAAUUGUUUUUAUUAAAUCCAGUGAAAUAAGUGUAUACUAUACAUGUAUGUUUUAAUAAAACAUGAAAAAUGUA